AUGAUAGAAAAAGACCUGGAGAAAGUCAGUCCAUCGCUGAACAUGGAAGUAGCAUUAGAUAGAGAUAUGGUAGAGCGUGAUGAAAAUGGCGAUGGCGAUGGUUUUAAAUGGACCACUAUAAGCCUAAGAAGAACAACAAAAACUUCAUGUAUAAUUGAACUUUGCUCAGAAUCACAAUGGUUUAUCGUUGCUUACAAAUAUAAAUUAAAAAAUUGUAUGUAUCCUACCUCCUCACCAUCCUAAUUAAAACAGUAGUAUAUCUAUCAGCAGUAUCAGUUUUUUUUUUUAUGUAAUUAUUAUUGUUUUUUUUUCAGGGCCUCUUAAAAAAGGCCUUGGACCAGGGGCUGCUAAUUGUCUUAACUCAUAA